AUGGCGGACAGUCAGGACACUCAACACCAAUCUACCCACGCCAACACGAGUAUCGCAUCGCCCGCAUCAAGACAUAACGACACAUAUAACCCCCUCGAAGACCUACGCGAACAGGCGUACGAAAGCGAUCCUCAUGGGCGUUUUGGCAACACUGGCGAAAUCGCGCCACCCUAUAACGAUGACGACCGAGCGGCGAGAGGCGCGUCGCCCAGUAUCAGUACACUUUCAGCGGUCGAAGCCGCAUUCAGAGAAGGGUCUACAACCGCGCUAGUUCAAGAUUACCGUCCAGCAGUCGCUCAUACCAGCAAUCCCGAACGUGUGCAACACAACGAUACGCGAGCCCCGCGACCCGACGUUUUCGCAGAUCUACAUCCCGCAGACGAAGACACCGUCCUUGACCCAAGCGAUUCGCUGAACUUACCAUUGAGCACGAAAGACGAGUUCCGUCCAGACAAGGAUUGUCCAACGCGACGAAACUUCCGAAGUUCGCGACUUACAUGGCUCAGUGGUACCAUCAUCUUCAUAUCCAGCGUCGCGACUGCUCUAUCGGCUUUAUUUGUCGUGUUAGCGUUGAAAGGCCAGCGCUAUAGAAACUACAUUGGCACGGGCCCGGAAGCGAAGAUAAGCAUCUCAGCAGCCAUACUUUGGACAUCUGUUGUGGCCAAGACAAUCGAACUAUCGUUCGUCACUGCUUUCGUGGCUUUUCUGGGGCAGAAGAUCAGUCGAAGAGCCAUGGCGGAUAGCAAAGGCCGAGGGGUAUCCAUAUCAGAACUAUCCAUGUGGCGCUGGGUUGUGCAGCCUGGAUCCCUUGUCACCUCAUCCGAGAUCGCGCGAUAUGCUGGAUUCUCUGCACUCGGAACUUUGACUUUACUAAGCACUAUUCUAUCUACGCUCUACGUAACAGCUGCGACUGCUCUUGUACAGCCGGUAGCGAAGCACGGCGAUUGGCAUGAUAAGACUAUGGUCAGUUCGGUGCAGACCGACUUCGCCAAUAUCAACUACGUCCAAAGCCUUUGUCAAACACCAGUACCAGACGAAGAAGCAUCUAUGUGGUGUAUGGACUCAGAAAGCGCCGCACGCGAUCAGAGAAAUAACAUGCCUCAAUCUGAAAUGUCAGACACCAUCGCGCCAUAUUCUCUAUGGGCAUCGGUGCCUUCGCCUGUCAUGAAAGUCUUGUGCGUUCAUAUGAAUGAAACGGAGCUGCAACCUAUCAUCUACGAAGCUUGGCCAAACAGAGGCUUAGAUUCGGAGGCCUGGGCCAUCGGGUCAGGGCCACGCGACAAUGCAACGACUGCAAAUGAGACAGUAGUUGAUGAGCUGUUCGGAUGGACCAAGAAAGAUACAGAUCACAUGUUAGACUUUCCGCCAGUCUUCGCACGAUACCCAAGGCCAUUCAACACAAUUAUCAACAACACAGCUUGGGCUUGGGGCAGACCUGCGAUCUAUCUGUUAGGGCAGAGUGGCCCGGUUGAAGGCGUUUUGUCCGAUCUGACUGGUGUAUAUCCACUUUGUAAGCUACAGGUCGAGAUAACAUCUCAUUGCAGCACAACUCAUAGUGUGUCUGUUUCCGAGUCUGCAGCGGAGGCUUUAUGUGGAGACCGGGCGAGCGAUAUGGCAUAUUUCAAGAACGCCGAAAAUGCUACUGAUAAUACAACCACUCGUGUUCUUUACAACUGGAAGGAUAUGGCUACUCUAUGGGCGAAUAGCAUCUCCUUGGACGGCGGUCUCACGUACAGUAACGCUACCUUCCAACGCACCUUGAUGAACCUGGCCCUGAAACCAGAGGAUUCCAAUCCCGCGAACUUCCAGGUUCAACUGAACCCCCCCCCCCUCCCAAGUCUAGCCGAGACAUUGGCGGUAAUGGCGAGUGAUUCUAUCCCCAUGUCGUUGCGGGACGGUCCUUUCGUAACCCAUUGGAACUACACUCAUCCGAAUCUUGACGAACCACAGACGCAGUGGUUCAGAGCUAAAAUCAAGUCACAAGAGUAUGCAUCUGGCGGAGUGGACAAUGCAUCAAAAGGAUGGCUCUUGAUUCUCAUUGCUACGUUCCUUCUCAAUUUCUUUUUGCUAUCUUACUUUAUCUUGCAACCAGGGUUUGUGACGGACUUUACUCAGCCAGCACAGCUCUUCGCACUCGCUGUGAACUCACCACCUGCUCAAGCGCUUGCAGGGAGCUGCGGAGGCGGUCCCGAGGGCAAGGAUUACAAAUUUGGCUGGUUCAUCAAUCAUGAAGCCGGCCAUGUUUACAUUGAACCAGCGUCGAGAACAGAGCCGACAUCACUCAAUGACGAGCAUGUUCGGAAUCGCAUCGUUGCCGCGUCGAAAGAAUACUGGAAAACUCUGACGAGGAGAGCAGUGUGGGGACGUUCGAAGCCGAACAAGGAACCCCGUACAGGAGGAGCGACCUCGGCAUCCGAUACUGAGCCGCUCCAACCUUCUCGCAACACUCAGAGCGUACUACUAACACACUCACGAUGCUCGCAUCUGCCACAUCUGUCGACUAUUCCACGUUACGCCCUGCACCUUACUGGUCUUUAUGUCAACGAAGGAUUGGAGGAGGCUGUCAUGACUUUCACAGGGCGUUGUUGA